CCAUCAUUAGAGCUCUGCGGCAUCUUGUACUUUGCUACAUUUCCAGGCCAUUCAUCACUGUCAAUUCUGUUUGAAUUACGAUUUUAGUCCCUCGUUGCUGGUGCGGAAAUACUCCAGUAUUUGCGGUUGCUUUUGCUAUGUGGAGCGAUAAAUAAAUACAACUUUACUUAUAGCCUUGCAAACAUCAGAAGACCAAAGACAACCUCUACCUUUCAGCACUAAUUGCAUUUUUACAAAGACAAAAAUGGCCAAAUUAAAGAAACCCCGAGCAAGUCGGCCACGAAAGUCGACGUCUCUUACCACCUUCACCUUGUUUUUGAAGCUUGUCCCAGAGCUUCGGUCAAUGAUCUGGGAGCUAGCGAGUUUCCAAGACCCCAGAAAUAUCAGUAUUGGGAAAUAUCCGAUUUUCGUGAGACAGGCAGGCCACCCACCAUGGUGUGAAGAGUUUGGAUAUAAGUGCACAAGCACUGUACCGGCAGUCCUUCGUACUUGCAUGCAAGCUCGUACUGAAGGAUUGAAGCAUUACAAGCUGUUGGAAUGGGUUCCGAAAUUUUUGAAGGGAAAAUUGCGACUCGUUAACGUACAUAAACUGGGAUGUUGACAGGAUUGUCAUAAACGACGUCGAAGAUUUUUGGGCCAAUAGUCGGAUUCACUCUUAUGAUGGGAAUGUAGAGACAGGUCCCGUCCUGAAACUUCAUGAUUGUGACCGGAGUUCUGCAUACGAUCUUGCCCAGAAAUUUAUUGAUAAUGGCUUGAAGUUUUUGGCGGUCGAUACAGGAAAUGAUGAGGAUAAGUUCGAAGUGUAUUUCGAGGCCAUCUAUCCCUGGGGAUGUCUGGUAGAAGAACAAAUCUUCUUCAGUUCUAGACAGAAGAUGUUCAACUCUCAAUUUGACCGGCGCAAAGGGGGCGUCAGACGGAUAUUGCCAUGGAGUGCUUUUCGUAUGAAAAAAGCACGAGAUUCUUCGAAUAAUGCCACAAUAUCUAAUUCAUGUUUAGCUGCCAUGUUUGAAAUUCAUGGAGAGAAUCGAGGCUGUAUACCGCCACAAGAUGGGCAAGUCUCGCAGACGGCUGGACAAACAUGGCCGACGAUUAUAUCACCAAUGAGGUUCAGAAUUAGCCUGGCUAGAGAUAGGUAUUCUUUGAGAUGAAGGAGCAAUGUGGUUUGAUGGACAAUGGGGUUUUAGCGUAUCAUGCGGAUUAAUUAGGAUAAUGACAUUAAGAUAUUAAAAGGACAGAAAAUGAAGACUCGUCUUGAUAUGGCAGCGACUAUGCUCGCCACACUACCACCAAUGGAGAUAUUCAUCACAACGAAAAGAGGUGCAAUUCUAGCACUACCGGAAGCGAUCAAUGGCUUCCUAUUUCACUCCUUUGAAUAAU